AUGGCAGAACGGGAAGGAACGUCUUUUAAUUGUACGAGCAGUUCGAAUACCCCACCGUCGCCGCCGCCGCAGCAGCAGCAGGAGCAGUAUCAGAACACGUCUGACACGACGCGAUCCAAUCAACAGUCGUUGUCACGGUUGUCGACGUCGUUUGGAAGUAACGACCGUAGUACUAGCUCUGGUGCUGGGUCGUUGUUGACUUCUUCCACUCCAACUUCCCUGACUCCUUCCUCGGUGCAGGUGCCUCCUUCCAAUUCCUCGUCUGCUUCUUCUUCUUCCACCAGUCUUGGUUCGUCACUGUCAUCUUGGGUGCCGCAUUCACUGAAAGUUCUCUACCAUUUCACUGCCGGCUCAGUUGCUGCCUCUGCCGCGAGCGGUACGGGUGAAUCUACAGUGCUAAAUCCCAAUGCGUCCGGCGGCGUGCUCGGCCGGUUGCUCACGAGUUCGACAGCGCAAUCUACGCUCAUGACGCGCAACAAUCUGGGGGAGCAAGUUUCUUGGUUGAAAAGAUCAGGAAAUACCAUUGCCAUUCCACAGGGACCUGUAUAUCCUGCUGCGACAAGUGCCACUGGUGCGAAUACGAGUGCGACAACCUCAAUAGGCGCGAUCGAGGAUCAAAAUAAUUUCGUAUAUCCGACUUCGGCUGUCACCAACCCAAAUACUGGAGGAGGAGGAAGAGGAGCUGGAGGAGGACCAAGAACUUUUGUGGUGCCCGCGCUACCAUCACCUCUAGUACCAGUACCAGCCCAACAACAACAACAACAACAACAACCACCACUGGGACCACCACCACCACCACCACCACCACAACAGCCAUUUAUAAACCCAACCUCAACCUCGACUCAUACGACUCCGAGAUACACAAAAUCCACACCCACAACAAACACAUCCUCGACAACCAAUGACGCCCGACCCGCUACACGCCAACAGAUCGCCCCGGAGGUAGGAUCGACGGAUCAGGAUACAGUUGGAGGAGUUGGAGGAAUGGCGAAGCUCUCGGUCAAGAAUAUCCUGCCACGGCCGCACUUGGUCUCCUUGUCGUCGUCGACGGGGUCUGGGUCAGGAACCAGCGCCAGCGGUCGCAGACAGAAGCACCACAGCAGCAGCAGCAACAACAACAGCAACAGCAGCAACAACAACAACAACAACAACAGCCAACAACAACAACAACAACAACAAGCACAGCAACAUGCACAUACUACCUCUACAUAUGCGCAAAGGCCCGAGCCGACACCCCAACAACGACGGCCACCCCAAAACCUCCUCACGCCUGCUUCAACCACUGGCGCCGCAAGCGUCGGCCCGCUCCAACGCGCAUACUCGGCUUCAUUAGCUUCUCGACAGUCCCCUUCGACCAAUCUGAUCUGCCCGAAAACAGACUCGUCAGCUCCCCAAGCUUUACAUCUCAAGAACAAGCAGAAUAUCCGCAACCCCGCGCCCACGCCCGACAGUCCUAUCGUGGACGACCACAUCUUCUCCGACGCCGUCGAUCUUACCGAAGAAUUCGAUGAUGACCGCGACGUCAAAGACAAAGAGCACACCGACAACGACGACACGGUCGCUUCGAGUUCGCUAACAGGGUUCGGCGAUGACAAGCUACUGUGGCGGGAGGAGUUUGCUGAAAGAGCGACUCCUGCGGGCGAAAGCCAAAGAGGUGGGAGCAGGCCUCGCCAGGUCAAGAAGCGGAAGAUAUCAAACGACUACAGCGUGAAGGAUGAGGAGGUCUCGCUUUUUGACGAUGACGACAAUGAGGAGGACGAGUUUAUGGAUAUCAACGAUUUGGUUGAGGGGGAUCAGCAAAGUACUCCGAAACCGAAGGCUACAUCGAGGUCUGUGUCCAUGAGACUGCCGCCUACAGUAUCGCUGCAACGAGGUCGGUCUCCUAAGAGGAAGGAGGCUUCGUUUGAGAAGCGUACGGCAACCGAAGACCAACAGGUGGAAAGAUAUGAAGAGCCCUCGUUUCUAUCAAGUCCGAAUGUCGACAACUCCCGCAAGCGCAAAUCAUCUGAAUCUCCAAAAGGUUUGAGGACGCCAAGACCACGAACAAAACAGACGGAAGAUAUCCCAGCUACGACCACCACCAAAAAGCCAAGGCGUAGUGAAGUGAUGGACUCAGAGGAUGAGGCCUUCACUCCUCUUUCUGCUGGGUCGCCACUUAGGAGCGGUGGGACUACCGCACGAGAACUGGGUUUGGAUGAAGACACGAUUAUGGAUACACCUAGUAGGCCACCAGUCGAGUCAACCCUCCCAACCCUCCCAACCCUCCCAACCCUAGAGUCUGUAGAAAGUCGACCACCGCCGCCGACCAUGGACCUACCAUCGCGGAAACCUUUGGAACCACUGAACACGUCGCGCGAUCAGCUGCUUGAGUCGGUGGAAAGGCCAUCGCAGCAGUCAUCUGUUGGCCCAAGUUUCACUGCGGCAAUUACUAUCGGUCAGAGUUUUGCGCAAAGCAGUACACUCGCUGAAAGCUCGCUGCCGCCGUCGAUGCCUCCACCCAGUGAAGACCCCCUUAACACAAGGGAGAACAGCAACUUGGAGGAGUUCGACUACCAGCUUCACAAACCUCUUCUUGAACAAUUCGUUCGCAGACCCACAAUCUUGGAAAGAGAACUGAGCGCCGUUAAUAAUGAGCUUCAGGAGAACAUGCUCAAGAUGCGGGACUGUCUGCGACUGCCCAGGGACGAACGAGACAGGGCAAGAGAAGAAGUCAAGAAGGAGAAGGAGAUGCUCAAGCGACGGGACAUUGCGCUCAAAGCCCUUCAAGAGGAGCACAAGGCGUACCUCAAGAAGAGCAAAGAGCGACAAGCCAUCGAAGACGAAAUCUCUCGUGCUUAUGCGGAGGAAAACGACGAGUAUGAGGAUCAGUUGAUGGUGCAGCUGGACAAGUUGAGUGAUGAAGUUGAGGCUAUCGAGAGGAGCCUGACGUUGAAUAUCGUGGCGGCGGGGAUUACGGAGAGGAGUUUUAACUUCAAGGAGGAGGAAGAGAUGAAGCCUAUCAUUAUCGCGACUCCCACGCCUUCGAGGAGGACUGAACCCCCGGUUCUGCCGUCGACGGAGUAUCAUAAUUCUCAGCAGGUCAUAUUGCAGACUCAACAUCCUGCCAUGCAACCAGCUGCUCAGCGGAUGCCACCACCGCCGACACCGAGCUUUCAAACAGCGCGCCAGAUCCCGUUGUCGUAUCAACACAGACCCACCAAUAACUCUUUUCCUGACAUCUCAGCCGAAGAAGCAAUGAUGUUCGAGGAAGAAGACCCCUUCAUGGAAGAACAGCACCCUCCACCUUCUGCUCCCUUCCAGGCUACUCUCCCCCAGCGCAACAGCCCCUUCAAAAACGUACCACACAAACCGAUCCAUGGCCAUGAUUACUUCGACGACGAAGACGACGACGCCGAUCUCCUAGCAGCAGUGGACAGCGUUGAGACGUAUACUUCCACGGCCACCCACACUAACAAUCAGUCACGAUCGCGCUCGGUGAUGUCGACAUCCACGGCGACUACGAUCAAGCCGAGGAAACGGAACGAAAAAGCCAACACUAAGAAGGCCAAGCCGCGCCAGGCAGAACUGUCGAUGCCGCCUGACAAGAUGAAGUUUCCGUGGUCAAAUGAUGUGAGGAAGGCGUUGAAAGAUAGGUUUCGGAUGGCGGGGUUCAGGCAGAACCAGUUGGAGGCUAUCAAUGCUACUUUGGGUGGGAAGGACGCCUUCGUGUUGAUGCCGACUGGUGGCGGCAAGUCUCUGUGCUACCAGUUGCCAGCUGUGGUCAAGAGUGGGAAAACCCGUGGCAUCACAGUCGUGAUUUCCCCUCUGCUAAGUCUGAUGCUGGACCAAGUAAACCAUUUGAAAAACUUGAUGAUCACAGCUUACGCUUUCAACGGAGACAUGAAUGCGGAAACCCGCCGAAUGGUGUUUCAAAAGCUUGAUACCCCGCAUCCUGAACAUGAACUCCAGCUGCUUUAUGUCACCCCGGAAAUGGUAAGCAAGAACAUGCAGUUCGUCGGCAAGAUGGGAGACCUUUACCAGAGGAACAAGCUGGCCAGAAUCGUUAUCGACGAGGCUCACUGUGUUAGUCAAUGGGGCCAUGACUUCCGACCCGAUUACAAAGCUAUAGGAGAGUUUCGUAAGAGGUUCCCCGGAGUCCCGGUCAUGGCACUAACGGCUACGGCAACUCACAACGUCAUCCUGGAUGUCAAACACAACCUGGCAAUGGACACCUGUGAGACCUUCUCGCAGAGCUUCAAUCGGCCGAACCUUUACUACGAGGUCAGGCUGAAGGAGCAAAACCUCGUUGCCCGCAUCGCGGAGUUGAUUCAAGAAAAGUAUGACGGCCAAACGGGAAUCAUCUAUACGCUGUCAAGGAAAAGUGCAGAGAACAUCGCCAAAAACCUCGAGGAAAAACACGGCAUCAGAGCCAAGCACUACCAUGCCUCCAUCACCACCGAGGAAAAGAUCAAAGUCCAACACGAUUGGCAAGCCGGCGAUGUCAAAGUUGUGGUGGCCACCAUCGCCUUCGGUAUGGGUAUCGACAAGCCCGAUGUCCGCUUCGUCAUCCACCAACAUAUCCCCAAGUCCCUCGAAGGUUACUACCAAGAAACCGGACGUGCUGGACGUGACGGCAAGCCAUCUGACUGCUAUCUCUACUUCGCUUACGGCGACAUCCAAUCCCUUCGCCGCAUGAUUGCCGAGGGUGACGGCGACUACGAGCAAAAAGAGCGUCAGAAACACAUGCUCAACAUGGUAGUCAACUACUGCGAAUCGCAGCACACAUGCCGGCGCGAGGAAGUGCUCCGUUACUUUGGCGAGGAGUUUGACUUCCGCAAGUGCAAGGACGGAUGCGACAACUGCCGAUACGGACGCAUCACGAAGUCGACGGAGAUGAGGGAUUUUACGGAAAUCGCCCUCGCUACGAUCGAGGUGGUGAAGAGCCAGAAGACCCUCACGCUCGGCAAGCUGUGCGAUAUCCUGAUGGGCAAAAAGAAGAACGAGCAUGCUGGGAUCUGUCACUUUGGUAUCGCCAAGGGGAGCACGCAGAGAGAACUGCAGAGGAUCGUGCUGCAGCUGAACUUCCACAAGGCGCUGGGCGAGAAGAAUAUCAUGAAUGGGGCGGGAAUGCCUAUUACUUACUACGUUACCGGACCUGAAGCGGGUGCUUACCUUUACAACGGCAAGCGGUUAUUACUGCCCGUUCCAUCCAACAAGUCCGUCGAACCACCGUCUCGGUCUAAGCAGCGGAGAGGUCGUGUCGACGAGGACAUGACGAUGGAUGAGCCUGAACCUCCCACCUUGCCUCCCUUGCGACGACCGCCAACAUCAACAAACGUUUCUUCGCCCGUCCGAACCACCAAAAAGAGGACCGCCACCGGAAAGGUUUUGCCGACCCUGAUGGCCGACUACGAAGAACCCAGCUCCGACGGUCCUCACGGCCCUCUCCAUGCCAACGGCUACGAGCGCGACGACUUUGUCGUAUCCGAUAGGGUUGAGCCCGACGACGAGGAAGAAGAAGCCUUUGAGCCCGUCCGCCCUUCCCGACGUGGUCCAUCCUCCCGCGCUACUCGCCCUCAACACCGCCAAACCACCCUUUACGAUACCCUCUCCCACACACAACAACAUUCCAACGAAAGCAUGUCCCAACACCUCGCCACUUUGGGGCCCCCCAUCCGCGACCCCCGGACUAUGCAAAACCCUCGCUACGCCCAGCUCGAUGAGGUCCACCAAGACAUUGUCGAUACUUUUGUCGAGGAAGCCAAGAUCUUCGAGGAGGACUUCCGCAACAAAAAGGGUAUGCGCAAGCCCAUCUUCACCGAGACCCAGUACCGCGAGAUGGCAAUCCGGUGGACUCGCACGCUGGAACAGAUGCGCGCGAUCCCGGAUAUCAACCAGGAUAAGGUGGAUUUGUACGGGGCCAAAUUCAUACCGCUUGUGGAGCGGUUUUACGGGAAUUAUAGGGACAUGAUGGGGCCCAAGUAUGAUAAUCCGUUUGUGACUGAUGGUGCCGAAGAGGAUCAGUCUGGAAGAAAUGGGAGGGGGAAAGCGGGAAAUAAGAAGGGAGGAGGAAAGGAAGUGGUCGAUUUGAUUAGUAGUGAUGAGGAGGAUGGACUUCCUCCUGCUCGUACAGCAUCGUCACGGAAUCCGGCCGGGCGAGGACAACCACAGCCGACCGGGACACGGGGACUAACCCAAACCCAGACCCAAACUCAAGGCCGAACCCAAGAUAAAGGCCGAGCAGUAAACCGCCGAGGAGAACCCAUUCAAGAAGCAGAAGAAGAAGACUACGGCCUCUCAGACCUCGACGAAGCCAUCGAUCCAGACGCCACCACCGCCUCCGACAACUCCGACGAAGAAGAUGAAGACUCAGACCUCGAAGCCUCGCGCUACUUCUCUGGCCCAACCUCCACCGGUCCGCCCGUCUCCAAGGCUGUGCAAGAUGCUCGACUGAGGGAGUUACAGGGUAUGUACGGCGGCUCUUCCAAAUCAAGCGGUGGCUACGGCGCAGGCUCAGGUCGUGCAUCGGGAGGAUCUUCUAGUAGAGCAUCGGGAUCGGGAGGGAGAGGUGGUGGCGGGAAGAAGUUUUAUAGGAAGAAGAGAGCUGGGAGUUCGGUUGCUGGUGCCGGUGGAGUUACGAAGCGCAAGGCUAGCAGGAAGAGAGGGGCGAGUACUGCCCCGAAGACUGCGAGAGGAGGUGGUGCUGGAUCUAGGGGUGGUGGUGCUGGAGGAGGAGCGGGAGGAGGGAAAAGAAGUGGUGGAGGAGGGAGUUAUGGAAGUUAUGGAGGAGGAGGAUAUGGUGGUGGAGGAGGUGGUGGUGGGAUGGGAGGGAUAGGUGUUAUGCCUCAUUAG